UACGAACGGAAAUGCUUUACGAACAAUAUUUUCAGAACCAUUCUCGAGAUGAAAAGUGUUUUGAUGAGAUAAAGUGCUUGCGUAAUGUUAACGAUUUUCGCUUACUUUAUGAAGGAGUUCCCGAAGAUUAUCUCGAUCCACAAAGUGAAGGAAAAGGGAUUGGCACUAGUGCCCGGGAAUUUAUCGGCAACUUGGUUUAUAAAUUAAUCCGCGAGAUUGGCGAACCUACUUUGUAUCUUUAUGAGAAUGGCCGCUACGGAGGAGUUUUUAAUUAUCCGCGAAUACUCGUAGGAACUAGCGACUUUAAAAAGUUACGUUUGGGUAGUGAUAUUAUCGUUGAUAAAUCUCUUUUAAUUAAAGCUAUUUUAGAAUCCGAGGAAGAGGUUGACUCGGAAGGAAAAGAAUUAUCUCUCGAAAGAAAAAGCAAUCCUAAACUCUUUAUCGGUAGUGAAGAAGAAAAGUUAGAAACAAAAGAGAGAUGUUUAACCCCUUUGAAAAUUAGCAAGGAUGGAGAAUCGAUGGAAAAGCGGGGUAAAUAUCCCGUAAUUUUUUUUAGUCUGAAAAAUACUAAGGGUGGUAAUUAUGAAGAAGUUAAAAAUAAUGUAAUUAAGGAGGUUCAAGAAACUUAUGAACAACACGCUUAUCUAGUUAAUAGUCCUCAAUUACGACCAGACGAAAAAAAAGUUUUUCAAAACUAUUUAGAAGGUAGGAUUGACAUAACUGAAUUAAAGAGAAGCCUAUCCUUUUUGAGUAGAUUGCUUUAUAAACAUUUCGACAAGAAAGUCUUUAUUUUAAUUGAUGAAUACGAUGAGACAAUUAACGAUGCUUAUGUCAAGUUUGGUUAUGAAUCAGAAGAAUUCAAAAAAAUACUAGAACUCGCCAGAGAGAUACUAAGUGCGGCUUUAAAAGAUGUCACUUAUUUAAAAAAGGGCGUUUUGACCGGCAUUUUGAAGAUAGCUAAGGCUAAUAUAUUCUCAGGCUUGAAUAACGUGGGGGAAUAUACCCUUCUCGAUCCAGAAUUUGGAGAGCAUUAUGGAUUUACUCAAGAGGAGGUUGGUGUUCUAAUAAAUAAAAAAUUACCCGAGGCCACUUCUCAGAAAAUUAACGAAAUUAAGGGCUGA